UCACCAUGUUGUAAUGACACUUGUUUUAAAAAUGUGCUUGAUUAAUGUGGUCUUUCAGCAAAUGCUUGUCGAGUGAUUACAGUGGCUGAGAGCUGGGGUUACAGACAUGAUUUGGAGUUGAAACCCCCUUUCUCCUUCUCCCUUCUCCUUCCCUCUAGACUUGUCUGUCACCUUCUGCCUUCCCCUCUGAUGAAACUGCUAAGCUCUUUUGUUGCUCCCAGGUGUUCUGUCUCCCACCUUUGCCAGGGACCCUCCCUAUACUUCUAUCUUCAGCUCCUCUCUCUUCUCCCCUCCAGUCCCCAUGGAACUGUCCAGUGUAGAGACACAGCACUGACCACCAGCCAGUCAGGCCAUGAGGCUUGACCACCCUUGGGCACCAGUGGGGCUUACGGCCCUGCUUAGUCCUCUCUGUGCUCCCCCCACCAACUCCAACACCCACCCCAGCCCGUGAUUUACUUGGGGAGCGGGGAGAAAGUUAAGGCUGGGGAGGUAGUGGUGGUACGGACAGGAGAGAGAAGUAGUCUUUAUUUCACCAUCAUUUCCUCCUGGGCAUUCACACCUUUUCCGCCCCUGGCCCAGAAUGGGGAGAUGACAGACAAUGAGGAAGACACUGGACACAAAGCAGCUGAGCAGCAGCACAGAGAGCCCUGGAGCCUCGGUUCAGCUCCAGGGCUGAGGUGGUUCCAGGCCCAGUUGUAGACCCAGCGGCUGGAGGGUCCACAUAGAGGCCAAGGCCUCCCUUCCUCCACAGGCCUCCCCCUCCCCACCUGAGGCCUUGCCUUCCUCAGCUCUUCCAUCUCAGGCAUGCUGGAUUUGCUAGACUGACUCCGAACCAGCUCCUGGUUCCCUCUCCUCAGGGGCUUCCCUACCCUCUCGCUUUCCCUUCCCCACACCAACUCAAGAAGAGGACCCAUGGCCUGGGAAGCCACAUACCUGCUGGCACCUGUUCUGCUGGUGCUCCGGGUCUCAGAUUCCCGGGAACAGGAAACAGCACCAGUGUUGUUGCAGAAACUGGAAGGUGAGACCGUCUCCUUGAUAUGCUGGUACCAGUUCCAGAAAGAUUCAAACAAGCUGAAAAUCUGGUGCAAGAAAACGUCAGAAAAUUUGUGUAUCCCAUUAGUCACCAGCUCCAGGUCCCAGGUGCAGAAGUCCCGAUACUCGAUCCAGGAUGAACGUAGUUCUGGCUACUUCAUCAUCAACAUGACUGGGCUCAGGACGGCAGACUCGGGAUUCUAUUAUUGUGGAAACUACAACUCUUUCAGCUCAGUUGUCCAUAUUCUCAGAAGCUUCCAUCUGAUAGUAUCUCAAGCUUCAACCCCGUCCACCACCAGGAGCACUGUGAGUACCACAGUCCAGGCCUCUGCCACAAACCUUGCCACUGACAGGUCCUCAUUUCCAAGCCCUCCAGGCAACUGGAAGUUCAUCCUUCUGGGCGUGGUGGUGGCGGUCCUGCUGCUGUUGGUGCUCGCUGUCUUCAUGAUCCUGUACCUCAGGAAAGCCCAGGGAGGAGCCGGAAAAGGUGAGGAUGAAUCACACCACGUCUGUGAUGACCUCUCAGCCCAAAAAGAGAAGACCACUGGCUUUGACCAGCGGAAGGACUCUGAUGAGGACACUGGGAACAUCCAUUAUGCCUCACUUAUCCACCUAAACCACUUUGGCGCUGAGGACUCCAUCUAUGUCAACACCCACUCCAGCUGGAGGCCCGUGCCUGACCCCCUUCUGUUUGUGGAAUAUGUCAGCAUUGCUAGAAACAAUCCCCAGCCCUCCAAGUCGACACCCCUAGAGAGGAGGGAGUCUCAGGAAUUGAGGGCAGACUUCACUGGGUAGGGAGUACUUACCAAUGCCAGUGAGGUACAGAGCUGCUCUACCAGUGAUGGGGUGACAUCAGUGUGCCAACAUCACUACAAACUACCAAGGGGUCAUCUCUCCCCUGCAAGGGAGGUGAGGUGGGGGAAAGUCGUUACCAUCCUGGAGGGCAGAGGUUUUGAGUCUGAGGGUUGUGAUAGGCAGGCUGUGAGGAUAAUAGAGGGGGUUUCUUGGCACCUGUGUAGGGUCCAGGUCUGGAAGCAGUGCUACUACAACAGAGCCCAACUAGAUAGGGGUCUGGGACCCAGUGCUCUGAGUAAGUCAAUCCUCACCUCCUCUGUGACCAACACUUCCUUCCUGAUCAGGAGCUAUGAAAUUCUGGCAGAUUGCACAAGUUCCUCUAGUGAUGACUCUCUCUUCUUGAGAGCCCCCUCCCUUAACUGUCCUCUCAGGGCCUCCAAGCCAGGUUGGAAAGCUCAGACACCCCUCUCUCUCCACUUAUAACUCCCUCCUCUCUUUCUUGGCCUCCUGACUCUAACUCCGCAUCUGUUCAUGGGAUUCUUACUCCCCUGCCAGGAGGAAAGCUGGGUUGUGGGCAGUGCCCCCACUACUCAGGAGCCUCCCCCCCAACUCUUGCCCUUAGCAGAGUUGGUGAUGGGCAUCCCUCCCUAUUACCGCUCAUAGACGACCACCCCCACUCAAAACUGAUGUUGGCUUCACUGCCUUCCCCGAGACGGUUGUCUAGCUUUAAUCUGCUAACUUCAUCUCAGUCAAGCAAAGUGGGUUGGGGAAGGCAUCCUGCUCAGCUUAAGUACAUUUCACAGGGGACUUCUGGAGACAGAAAAUGAAAAAAACCUGUUCUGUUGAAUCGAUUCUGACUUAUAGCAACCCUAUAGGACAGAGUAGAACUGCCCCAUAGGGUUUCCAAGGAGUGGCUGGGGGGUUCUAACAGCCGACCUUUGGGUUAGCAGCCACAACUCUUAACCACUGUGCCACGAGAGCUCCUUUGGAGACAGGAUCCCUUUUUAUUUUGUGUCCCAAAGAAGUGACUCUGAACUCUGGCAACUUCAGGCCAAGUGGGCAGAAGGAUGACAUCAUCUACAUCUUGAGAGGAGAUUGCUUGGAAUUGCAGAUUCAUCACUUCUCAAGGUUGAUGUCAAAGGUCAUCAGAUCUAACUGCCAAUGGGAUGUCAGAACCCUGCCCCCUACAAGUCCCAAUAAGGAGUCAUGCCGUCUCUACUUCAAUCUCUCUGAGGACAGGGAACUUACUACCACCUACCAUCUAACCCAAAACCCAUUGCCAUCGAGUCGAUUCCAACUCAUAGUAACCCUAUAGGAUAGAGUACAACUGCCCCAUAGGGUUUCCAAGGCUGUAAUCUUUAUGGAGGCAGACUGCCACAUCUUUCUCCUGAGGAGUGGCUGGUGGGUUAGAACCUCCGACCUUUCAGUUGGCAGGGGAGUGCUUAACCACUGCGCCACCAGGGCUUACCAAUCACACAGGCAGCUCUUUAUUCAUGUUUGAUCAGACAGGACAUUGUUUGCCUUCAGGUCACAGUAAGACAUCAGCAGUGUCCUUGGGAUGGGACCUGAGGGUCAGGCUGGGUCAUGGCCAGAAGGGAAUAGGGGAUUGGAGAGGAGAUGAGUGGGCAGUUUGAAGUGUGGCAAGAUGGUCUGUGAGGGUCAGGAAGUCCGCUGGGAGGAAGGUGGGGUAACCUCCUGAUGCUGUGACAUCUCUGCUGCCAUCAUUUAUCUUCCAGGUCCCCAGCGUUGAGCACAGGGUUCUGUCCGAGCCCAUGGCACCACAGGGCACAUACUGUAUAGAACUGCAGGGUCAGGAACUCAGGGAGUUGAGAGAGCUGGGAGCAGGGAGGGGAGCAGGAUGCUCUAGGUGUCACUUUGUGUCCUGAGGGCUCUGCUCCUCGCCUUCCUACCUGAAUGCUUCACCUCCGGUAGCCCAGAUCUGACUGCCAGAGGGUGGGUAAUUCCUGUACCCUGACUCCGGCAGGAUCCAGCCUUGCUUGGAGAAGAAGGCCAUUAACAUUAACAUGCAGCCUCAUCUGACCUCUGGUCCCUCUCAGUUUGAGAUUCCUGGAAGCAAGUCCACAUACACACCGAACGAGUCCAUCUUCACCAUGUUCUCCCCACCUUGGGUCUCCUGCCUGCCUUGCUCUGUCUCCAGCACCAGAAGCCAUCUUGAGUGUCAUGAGCUGUUAAGACCCAAACAAUUUAUUUACUUAGACUAGAGCUCCUAGACUUAUGACUGCUCUGUAUUCACUGGACAGGUAGUUACAGGUGCCUGCUAACCACCGGGCACUGUGCUCAGGGUUGAGGCUAUAGAGGUUAAGUCGGUAAACCAACAUUUAUGGAGUGGUUUUUGUGUGCCAGAUCCCUCUUCAUGUAUUAGUGGUUCAAACAUCCUUAUGAGGUAAGUACUUCCCACAUCUUACAGAUGGAGAAACUGAGGCACACAGAGGUUAAUAAUUCCCCAAAGUCACACAGUUAGUAAGUGGAGAGUCUUAGUGUGCAUUUUUUUUUAUGUCAAGUUUUGAGUUGUUAUUGAUUUGAUAGGUUAGAAAUGUUAUUUUAUUUAUUUUUCUUUUUUAACUGUGCUUUAGGUGAAAGUUUACAGAGCAAAUUAGUUUCUCAUUCAACAAUUUAUACACAAACUGCUUUGUGACAUUGGUUGCAA